CCUCCGCGUGUUCUUGUAACUUCUUCUCGUGGCGCUCGUUCUUAUCGCGAAAUUAACUAAAACCUCCGCAAAAUAUGAAGCUAAAGGGCAAAAAGCAGUUAAAAAACGAACCGGAAGAACCUCAGCAAGUCGUGAAGGUAAAGAAGCAAAAGAAAAUAAAGCAGGAUCCGGAAAAUGUGGAGAUUACCCCAGUGAAGAAAAUCGUUAAGCCGGAAAAGAAGCUAAAACAAGAACCCGGCCUCGGUGUGGACGACGCUUCCAAGCAGGUGAAGAAAAAGGACAAAUCAAAGAAAAACAAAGCAUUGUUGGCGGAAAAGGCCGCUCUCGUGGUUGCCGAAACGAUGCCGGUGGGGAAGAAGCCCAAGAAGACGAGCAGUAAGAUUAAGGACGCUAUCAAGGAAGAGAGCGAAACGGCCCUGGAAGAACAGGUGCCUAUUGCAAAGAAACAGAAAAAGUUAAAGGAAAAGGUUGAAGAAGCAUCCGAACCGGUGAAGAGAAAUAAAUCGACCAAGACGAUUCCGGAUGAUGAGGAAGUGGAGACAUCGGAAAGUGAGACCGAAGACGAGGUUGAGAAUGAGGAGGAAACUCCGGCUGGAGAGACUAUCAAGAGUGAAGAGACUAAAGCCUUACCGAAAGGGCCCGAGCAUGCCAUUUUUAUUGGAAACCUGCCACCUACCAUAAACCAGAACAAAGUAAAAUCGUUGUUCAAACCGUACGGCACUAUCUUGACGGUGCGCUUCCGAACGAACGAAGGUGGCAAGAUACCGCGUCGGAAGGAUAUGAAGAAGCUGAAAUCGUUGAUCUGCUACAUUCGCUUCUCGUCGAAAAGCGAAAUGGAGCAGGCGUGUGCAAUGGAUGGUCAGCUCGUUGAGGAGAACCGCAUUCGCGUUUGUCCCCAAAAGCAGAAGCAAAUAGGAGCGACCAAAUCGACAGUUUUCGUCGGCAACAUAAGUACUUCUACAACCGAUAACGAGCUGUACGAUUUCUUCAGUGGCGUCGGAGCGAUCGAGUAUGUGCGACAGAUUGCGAACAAAGGUGUGGCGUUCGUUUGCUUCAAGAAGGGCGUUUCCAUUAAGAAAGCGCUCAAGCUCAACCAGCAGCCGCUCAAUGGACGAGCGCUGCGCAUCAUGGAAGUCGAUCCGAACCGUACAAACGUCAAGACGAACAAGAAGGGCAAUCCGGUGAAAAGGAUUCGAUUACCGAAAUCGGUAUUGAUGAGGAAGAAAGCAGGAUCGUCGGAGGACCAGGCUAAAGGAAAUGAUCAGGGCACGAAUGAGUUCCACGGAAAGGUGAUUGCUGAUGCAGGCUCGAAGAAAAAGAAGAAGAAAGGAGGCUUUGGAAAGAAGAAUAACAACGCCAAGAUCAUUGCACAGAAACUAAAGGCGGCAGCAAAAGUAGGGGCGAAGUAACGACGACGGUCAACGGAAUUGAUCCGUUCCGUCUUCAAAUAUUGAAUAAACACAGGCACUUUAAACCGGGUUCAGGAGUCGGCAGGUGCGUUUUUCGUUUCCUGCAGCUGUCGACUCCAGCUAAA